UAUACUCUAUCCAAGAUAUAACAAUAAUUUACGAUAAAAGAAAACGACACAUCCAUUGCUGCUGUAAUGGAUUCGCUUAAUUUGAUGUGGAUGCCUUCAAACACACUGUAGUUUUCUUACCUGAUGCUUAAUUCAUUUGGAAAUGUACCAAGAAUCGUGUAUGUUUUAACGUGGCUUGCUAAUUUUCUCAUGCUUUUCGGCACCAUUUCAGCUCGUGAUGAUAUUCGGAACACAGGAACGGAAAUAUAUCCGCUUUCAAAUGGCGCAUUUUCAAAAUAAAUAAAUUCAUAUAUAAAAUUAUUUUCGUAAAUAUCGUGACGACUAUCGCUGCCACAACUGAAUAAUCAUCAAAACAUAUUUUGGGAGUCUCGGAGAAAGAACGGAAAAAUCAAAAUGAACACAGAAAUUAUAUUGCUUGUGAUUGCUUUUGUUACAUCAUUGGAAGUGAGUGCAAAUGAACCACAAUGUACCUGCUCGAAAUUUCACUAUGAAGAACAAAUGUUAGAGAAAAUGGUGAGAAUGGAAUUUGCUGUGGAAAAUAUGAAGAACGAGAUGAACGACGCGAAGACUAGUGUAACGAAGACAGUGGAAGAAUUCAGUCGUCUUAAAGCAGAGCACGAAAACACUUUAAAGAAGAAAGAUAGCAUACGCCCCGCCUUCACAGCCAGAUUGUCCGCUCAUCUUACAAAGCUUGGACACAACCAGCCAAUCAUCUUUGACAAUAUUGUUACCAACAUCGGACAAGCCUAUUCAGGAACUACUGGGGUUUUCACCGCGCCAAAGGACGGCGUCUAUUAUUUUGUCGCAACCAUACUGAGUUUUUCUGGACAACAUGUGGAAACCGAAAUUGUUAAAAAUGGAGACUCUAUGGUGAGACUAUAUUCGUAUGGCAAAUUUUACGAUCAGGGAACGAGUGGGGUUGUUUUACAGCUGAACGCCUCUGAUGAAGUUUGGGUUAGAAAUAUGGGAACAAAUGGCGAAAAUGUGCAUGGUUCCAAUUGGUCUACAUUUUCCGGUUUUCAAAUUUAACAAUGUUAUUCAUUUUUCAGUUUUUGAAAGAUUGUAGUCUCAAUGGUCGAGAUUCACACAAUAACGGUGCUGUGAUUUCUUGGUUUAAUGAGGAAACAAAUAGCUACAUAUUUAUAAAGCGAAGGAAGAAAGCGUACUUCACGUGCGUUGUGUCUGACAUGUUUUCAAACACUCAUUUUGUAAAUUACAGAACCAUGUCAAAGUUUAGGUUAUCCUGCACCAAAUUUCAAAUUAGUGAACUAGGAGAUAUGCGGGAUAUUCCACCAUGGUAAAAUGUGAUUGGAGAAUAAUGAUUCAUGCGAGUUUGAUUACCUUUUAUAAUUGAAGAGUAAAAUGUUCUUGUAAAUAUAUGCACAAGAUAAUAAUCAUAUCAUCAGAAAAACUCCUGACAUGUGCAUGUUUUAAUAUAUUGUUUCUUAUAUGAAAGUUUUUUUUUUAUUUCCAAAGAAACCAAACUUUAGGUGAUUUUAGUAAGACAAAAGUUGUUUGUAAAACAUUUGCCUCAAUCCUUUAUGUUGUAAAGCAGUAGAAAAAAAUUAUUGCCUAAACAGCAUUUGUUGUAUUUGCAAUAUAUGAAAUGUGAUAAUUGACGUUGACCAAAAUGUUC